UAAUAUAAAAAAAUAUUAAAAAAAGAAAAGGAAAGGAAAGCGUAGAGGAUCUGACAGCCUUUUCAAGCUUCUCUCUUUAUCUCAAACGGACAGGCACAAGGAGAGAGGGCGAGAGAGAGAGAGGGCCAACGGAGUUGUCGAUAAAUGACGGAUUCCAAAACAUGAGUGAGCUCGAUUUAAGGAACAUGUUGAGGUCCGUGUCCCUCUUAGCUACAAUUUCCAACAAGCCACAUCGAAUAUAGGUUGGUUAAGAAAGAAAGAGAGUGAGCGAGUGACGAGGGAGUAGUGAGCGAGUGAGGUUUUUUUAGAGAGGUAAAAACAAGAAAAACAUACAAAUGGGAAGAUCCACUUCCUGUUUGAAAAUAAUCACCUGCGGUAGCGAUUCUGCUGACAGAGAUGAUCUUCAACUCCCUGAGAGCAAUGGUUCAAGUGACAAGCGCGGAUGGAGUUUCCGGAAGAAAUCUGCCCGCCAUCGAGUUCUCAGCAACACUAUCAUUUCAGAAACCACCCCUUCUUCUGUGAACAAGGAGAGUCCAGAACCCGCAAAUCUAAACUUCCAGCCACCAGACAUCCCUACUGCUCCAGAAAAAAAUGCUGUGAUACAAUGCACUGAUGAGAAACCACAGUUGUCUGAGAAACCACAGCUGCCAGACAAGCUGCAACUGUCGGAGAAACCACUGUCUGCUUCAACAGACCAGGAAGUAGCUGAGACCAUUGUUUUCACCAAGGAUGAGAAUGAAGUUGAUGAUCGUGUGGAAGAGUCUGUUGUUAUUGUCAUACAGGCUGCUGUCAGGGGGGUUUUGGCUCAAAAAGAACUCCUCAAGCUUAAGAAUGUUGUUAAGUUGCAAGCUGCCGUACGUGGCUACCUUGUCCGGCAGCAUGCCAUUGGAACCCUACGUUGUGUUCAGGCCAUUGUUAAAAUGCAAGCUCUUGUUCGUGCUCGCCGUGCUCGUUUGUCACUAAAGAGCUCAUAUGUAGAAAACGAGGUUGGUGGGAAGCAUGGCAAACCUAUAUCCAUGACCUCGGAGAAGGAAAGCUCAGUAAUCAAACCAAAUGGCAUUGAGAAACUGGUCGGCAAUAGCUUCGCUCGUCAGUUGAUGGAAUCGACACCAAAGACCAAGCCUAUCCACAUCAAGUGUGAUUCGUCUAAGCGUAAUUCUGCAUGGAACUGGUUGGAGAGGUGGAUGUCUGUUUCAUCAGUGGAACCAACACCCAAACCAGAGUUUAUAACUGAACAACUAGAAAUAGAGAAGAGGGAGAAUUUUACCUCUUCUGCGCAAACUAGAGUCCCACCUGAAGAAUUCUGCGAGUCGGAAGAUUCAAAUUCCAUUAUCAAGGAAGUUGCUCUGCCAUCUGAAAGUGAAGAGAGUCUGAAAAAAUCAGAUGCGUUUGACUUCAAGUUUCAGGCGUGCCAUCCAAACUCUCCUUUACCAGGAGAUAUUUUGGAGCAGCCUCAACCUGAGACGAGUAAUAAAUCGGAUGCAGAAGAAACCUCAAUAACAACUCUAAAUUCUCUUCCAAAUCAAACUAUAGAAUCUGAAGUAAAUUCUAAAAGGGUGACCAAUUCUCUUCCUCAUAAGCUAGAAUUAGAUGGUGAACAACCUGAUCAAGCCAAACGUUCUAUGAAAAGGGGAGCCUCUGAACAAUUGGAGACUGAAGGAAAGAAAUUCGUGUAUGGAUCAAGGAAGGCAAGCAAUCCUGCAUUCAUUGCUGCCCAGACAAAAUUCGAGGGGCUGAGUUCAACAGCCAGUUUGAGUAAAUCAUUCAGUUCCUCGCAUCAAGAUAGUGGAGUUGAAUCAAACACGGAAAUAUCUGGGAUAGAUACAGAAUCAAGGACCAAGGAGCUUGACAUGGCAGAAAACUCAGUCCCUCAUAAUUCAAGGGUUCAAUACGUUGGCUCUGAAUGUGGCACUGAACUUUCUGUUACCUCCACACUUGAUUCACCUGAUGUAUUUGAAGUUGGAGCUGCAGAACUUGAGCAUGAAACCAAGGUUUCAGGGGAAGAAACCCGUAAUCCUAACAGUACAAAAGAAUUAGGUGUAGAAGAUAAAGAUUCAUCUAUGGAUCCAGUUUCAACUUCGUCUCGCUUGGAUCAGCCUGAGAAACUUGGGGAUGUCAAAGGUGAAUCAGCGAAUACAAUUGUUGUUGCAGAUUCUGCACAGGAGGAGAUGAAUCCAGAGAAAAGUGUAUCUGAUGUCAAGAGAGAACUGAACUCGGAGGCUGUUGGUCUAGCAUAUAGAUCAUCCCCAGAAGCUUCUCCCAGAAGCCAUGCAACUGUUCCAGAGUCCCAAGGAACACCUUCAAGUCAGUUAUCUGUGAAAGCUAAAAAGAGCAGGGCUGACAAAAGCAGUUCAAGCCAAAAACGCAAGUCUUUAUCAGCAAGUAAGAGAUCUCCAUCGAACCCAAAUCAUGAUUCUGGUGCAGGGACUAGUGUGGAACAAUUGUCCAAAGAUCAAAAGAAUGGGAAGAGGCGGAAUUCAUUUGGUUCCACAAAACCUGACAGCACUGAUCAAGAGCCAAGAGACAGCAGCAGCAGCAGUUCUAUCCCUCAUUUCAUGCAAGCCACGGAAUCAGCAAGAGCCAAACUCAACGCAAAUAACUCACCAAGAUCCAGCCCAGAUGUGCAGGACAGAGAUUUCAUCAAGAAGAGGCAGUCCUUACCUGGUGCAAAUGGAAGGCAGGGUUCUCCACGCAUCCAGCGGUCAAAGUCUCAGGCACAGCAGGGUGCAAAGGGAAAUGAUAGUCACAUUGUUCAUGAGAAAAAGUGGCAGAGGUGAACAAAAUGAAAGUGUGAAAUGCGCACAGUGGUGUUUUACCUGCCAUGGGAAAUCUAGAGUUGAUUGUUGAUCCACAAGACGGCUUGUUAUCAUGUUUUAUACAAUUUUUCUGCAACUGGAUGGCGCUUUAGUUAUAUGCACACUGGGAGUUUGGUAGGAGGAGAUACAUAUAGAGCCGAGUAAGGACUCCUUGUAUAUUACUGGAACCCAAAAAAAAUUAUAUUAUUUUCUCAAACUCUCCAUUGUGGAGGUAUGGUCUGUGUGUCUGUUCACCGUUAUUUUGUGUGAUACUGUUGAGGCUUGUUAAACAUGUCGUGGGAUGUGUAUCUGGAGUUUGAGACAUUAACAAUGACGUGGGAGCUUUCCAAAGGCCACCACUGGUUUUUUCAAUAAAGAUUUUAUUUCUUCAGCAGA